CGCUUCUUACAGUUUGGCAGCCGGGUGAAAACAUGGUGGAAAUGGCAGAGAAAAUGGAAGUUGACACUCCAGAAACAACACAGAGCGAGACACCUGAAGGGGUGCCCAACUUGCCAUCAGCUUUAGAUAUACCGGAUAUCGUCGACGACGGCGCCAUAAUUGCAGAAAACUCGUGGGCGAUUGUACAAAUGCCAAGCGACAAUACCAAGCUUGUUCAGUUCAAAGCAAAUAGUGUCGUCAAUCUUGGCAAAUUUGGAAGCUUUCAUGCGAAGGACUUGUUUGGAUAUCCUUUCGAUAUGCCCUACGAGGUCUACGGCGACAAACAAGUGAGACCUGCCUCGAUGAAUAUAUACGCCUUGGACGCUUUUGAUCUGGAAACUGAGGAGGGAACCACCAACAAGGACUUGGUCGAUCGCAGAGAAGCCCAGAAGCUCUCGCAAGUGGAAAUUGAACAGAUGAAAGCGGAUAGUUUGAAGGGCCAGGUUCCAGUUGAGAACUUGAUCAAGACUAUUGUGGAGAACAGUGAAACAUUUGACAAAAAGACUGAGUUCUCCAAAGCAAAGUACAUCAAGCGAAAGCAGAAAAAAUUUUCCAAAGUAUUCACACCGAGACGACCGAGCGCCCGAGGUCUUUGUGAACAUUUCUUCAAAGACAACCCGAGAAGAAUAUGCGAACUUCGUGUCGAUACCCUAUCGCAAAUUCUCACUACGGGCAACGUUCGUUCUGGGGCACGAUACCUAAUUGUCGACGAGGCGGGAGGACUCCUUACCUGUGCGCUCGUGGAGCGCAUGCAAGGACGGGGCGAAAUCCUGCAGUUGCACGAUCACGAAACGAAUAAUGUCGACCUAAUAAAACACCUAAACUUGCCACCGUCGAUACAUAACGUUCUAAAGAGUUUACCUUGGACGCGACUGACGCCAAACGAUGAUGAAGAUAUGGAAAAUAUGUUAAUACGCACUACCGAUGAAACAAGACUAGACAGACUCCGACACAGAAUACUUACGACCAGAGCAAAACGCGCUUUGUUAUACGCCGGUGGAUUCGAUGGAUUGUUUAUCAUCUCCCAGUAUGAUAUUAAAGAGAUUAUAGAAACUCUGUCACCCUAUCUGGCUGGAUCGAGACCAGUAGUGGUAUAUUCACCAUACAAAGAGACUAUGCUGGAGUCGUUUUUGCAUUUGCGAAACAGCAGAGACUUUGUCAACGCGCAGCUGACAGAGAGUUGGAUUCGGGAGUACCAGCUUCCAACUGCAGCAUCUGGAACACAUCCGCUAAUGAGAAUGUCCGGGUCUGGGGGUUAUAUUUUGAGUGCAAUACGUGUAAUUGACUGUGAAACCCAUGCUGCUACUGCGAGGCGGGUCCGUGUGAAGAACGGGAAGGUCGCAGAGGUAAAAUCGACAGGAGAAGAAGGAGUUGAGCAAGAGCAUGCAUAGGACGGAGACUUAGAGAUUCAUUUAUUUAUUUUGAUACUGUUCAUGUGAAGGCGUGACAAUAAAGAUGCCCUUCUCAUCGUUUCUAGGGAAUUAAAAAUCAUCCGAAAAAAGGGUAGUCCGG